GCACAGCAAAUCAAUGAUGUCAUGUUCCGGGCGUCUAUAAUGCAUGCCUAUAUUUGGUACUAUUACCAGUUGUCAUAUUAAAGUGAAAGUGAUUUCAAAAUCACACCUCCGAUGGAUGUUGCUGCGAUAUCUCAAACUGGUAUAGAGUGGCACCUCUGAUUCGAGCAGAAAGAUGAACACUUUUCUUUUGCUUUCGCAUUUUUGGAUUUUUGUCUCGGCAGACCUCUAUAUGCAUAAUCCUAGGUAAGAAAGCCUUUCAGAAUAAGUAUCAAAUUUUUGAUGACUGAAACAUACCAGCAGAUCCUGCAGGGUUCUACUCUUGAACUGCUUUAAUAUUUCCAGGAGUAUUUCUACCAAACAGUCAACUAGUUUGCCUCCGACCCGUAAUGAUAACAGGGUAAUCCCUUCUGAUUAACUCUCUAUCGUCUUAAUAAUAAUUUAAAUUUAGAGAGUUCUUAAUUUAACUGUACAAUGUUCUUCAGGGGCACCCAACGACAAUUUUCGGGAAAAUAUCUGUUCGGAAGACGAUUUGAGAUCUAGAAUUUUCGGAACAUUUGUUGUAAAAUUUCUUGCUUGCAUGCCUCUCCUAGGAUUUUCGAACGAAUAAAAAAUGGUAUACUUGCCCAUUUUUAACUAAUUUUUACCCUAAAAAGUUCACCUAGAAUUUUCGGGAGCCUAUUUUCUGGCUAAAAUUUUCGAAAAGGUAAGUUUUGAUCCCUAUAAUUUUCGGAUCACUAGACUUUCAGCUAGGAAAUCCGAACAGAUGAAAAAUUUGUAGGGGAUAAAAAUAUGCCUAUAUCUACCUUUUAAAUACGAAAAUACAUUUACUAAUGCUGUGUUUAAGUGAUUUUGAACUAUAUUCUCGUUGGGUGCCCCUGUGUUCUUCAUUUGCUCCAGCUCAAACUGUUUUCUUUUUCAAUCUGUCCGAGUGAAGAUAUAUUUUCCUUGGGCUUUUUAAAUGAGAGAAUUGCAUCGGCAAAUAAUAUUAAUUUACAGAACAAAUAGUAUUUGGGGUUCUUGAAUCCUAAUCAGAGAGUAAAACUUUAUUGUUUAGCAAAACGGGAUGUCUUCCUGGACCAGAUACUGUGAACAGAGCUUUGAACAUUGUCAGGGGUAGGACUAAUCUGUGGAACUGCAGACUGGUGAACCGCAGAACCUGCAGAACAGGCAGAACUUACAGAACCUAAAGAAAUGACUGUUUUAUUACGACUCCCUUUGGCUAACAUGAUGAAAUAAGUAGUUACAAUCAAUUAUAACACUGAUAGACUGUUCACAGUCCCCUAUUUUUCCUUAAGGUCGUCGAGGUUGAGCACUCACCUUCAAUUGCAGCCAUUUUGUGAUUGAAUUCAAAUGUACCAAGAGGGUGGGUCUCGGGGUUCCCAAAGCGUCUCCUGCCUUUUUAAGUAGUUCAAGUUAGACUCGGUCAAGAUGGGCGCCUGUAGCACUCUUUCUCGACAAUCUUGUGGAAAAUAGGGGACUUUGAACAGUGUAUAACACCAUAACAUUAAUUGAGAGGUCUGGUUCCAAAUGGGAAGUCCACUUAGUGGAUUUCUGGCUUGAUAGUGCAUAGGAAGGUAAUGAGAGGUAUACAUUUAAACAUAGUAGCACAAAGUUGGGAGGAUGAGAGAAUGUAUUUCUGUUUGUGAAAAAUAGAAGAUAUUGAGCAAGUGGCUGAGUGAUAUCCGACAACUAGAGGGAUACGUGUGGGUGAGUUGCUUGUGUGAAUGUGUUUGAUAGUACACACUGUAUGAACAUGUUGUAUCUCCUGGCUGAGGAGACCGAGAUCGUAUCCACGUCUGUUGAGGUAUUGUGCUUGUGUUGAUUCAUUACAACGCAGUUUGAACUUCUCGUUGAAUGAACAUAUACGUCAUAUUCUCAGGGCAAGGCUGAGUGGAAAAGCUCAUUUAGUGUGUAAGGGGUGACAUGAUGAGCGUAAAAGGUACUGAUGUUCGUCUGUAGGUUUAGUAUAAACAACAAUUUCAAUAAUCAAUACCAUUGUUGAGCAACACCUUUACCUAGAGAAAGGAGAAAGAUUUGAAUGAGCAGUUUGAUAUAAAUUUAAUAUGGGAUGAAAAGUAUAUUUAGGUAAGAGAUGGAAUAAUACUUAACUUUAUAGCUAGAAUGAGUUUGAGGAGGUCGCAAAGAUUCUGUGUGUAUGGCAGAUGUAGAGUGGUCACGAGAAGUGACAGCAGGCGCUAAUAAUACCCUCAUCGUUCUCUCAUCCUUCUGUGUUUAAAACUAUACCUUACUACACUGUUUCCUUCCGAUGACCACCAACAAGCUGGAUUCAUGGACUUCCUGGUUUUGGAAAUUGAAAACAAUGUUCAGUGUCUGUGCUGUUUAUUGACAAUAGCUCUCGACCAAUCCAUGGGUGAGAAAUCGCUCAGUCAUUGUAAAAAUUUAAUAAUAAUUUAACUAAUUAUUUAAUCACAUUAGCCAAAGGAAGUUGUAAUAAAACAGUCAUUUCUUUUGGUUCCAUAGAUUCUGCCGGUUCCACGGUUUGUAGUUCCACGGAUUAGUCUUACCCCAUUGUGAGUCCCACCAUAUAUACACUUAUCUUAUCUAAUAAAUAAUUAUUGAUUUUUUAAUCAGUCUUAAUGUUAUGUAACUGCAGGUGUCUCAGUUAUCCAUUUAUUUAUUUUUCUUCGUUUGGGGAUAUUAGUACUACCCAAGAUUUAGUACUACCCUAGCUGUGAAAUCUGUAUAAGAAUAAUGUGAUGAAUUAAUGAAAAUUUACACUUAUUGCUGCUUAUUUAGAGGGUCCAACAAUCGUCUGGAUGAAGCUCGUAGAGAAAGAAAUAAUGCAAACAGGUCAGCGCUAAGUGUUUUUGCUUGUCUGCUGUUUUUGUAAAAUGCACAUCUUUAUUGACAGCAUGACUCAUAUUAAUCCAAUAGGAUGUUUGACUCACAGAAUAAUAAUCGUGGAGGAUACAAUGUUGGAAAGUUGUACUACUAUGAGGGUUCAGUCUUGCCUAUUGAAUGGUAUGUUUAUCCAGUAUUUGCUCAAUUCACCCUUUAAGUUUUAUACUACUUUAUGCCUAUUCACAUCUCAACUGCCCUAACUAUCGAUGUCCACAUCCCCAAUGUACCGCUUGUGAUGUUUUGAAUCUGAUAGACAACUUUGAUUAUGCAUGUUAACUUCUUCACUGAAGGUCGAGAUUUUUUAAACCACAUGUGAAUAAAACGAUCUGGUCAAACAGACCGAGAGACAAAUGAAAAACAUUGAAACAAAUAUAUCAUGAAUAAAAAAUUCUUAUGAAAAUCUUGUACCACGAUUCUUUGGGAUUAUUGUAAAGCUUUGAGUUCUUUUUUGAAUGAGCAGCAGCAAAACUAAACCUUGUUUAAGCAGAUUUGUGGCAUUUACAUUUUUCUACAUUAUUUUAUUUUGAUCUACGUCAAUCAAACGGCACUCAUUGACCAGAUUUUGUGACAAAUCUAAUGUGUCAUUAACCCGUUUUUUUUGGGCCGAAUAGCAGACGUCUCUCCCACAAAAAUUUAAUGUUCCUAGUGGUAGGAUCUUCAUAAUGUAGGAGAGGUGGCUGAAUUCAUAGGCUACAGCAAUUAUUUGAAGUCAAACAACUCUCUAAAAAGAACACAGCUAAUGGCAAUACAUACAUGAAUAUCUUGCAACUAACUUGACAGACAGCUACAUAAACUUUUAACUUUAUUUAAAUUCGUAAAUAAAUUACAAAAUAUAUUGGGACUGGCAUAUAUACAGUUAGCAAGGUCGAGGCAGGUCUAACUUACUGUUUGAGGCAGGUCAGGCUACAUAAUUACAGUACAACAAACAGAAUAAAUCCAAAAAAAUUAGACUUUAUAUAAGUAUAUAUCUACAAUAAAUAAAAAUAUACUAUUCGUCUUAAGUCCAAGGAAAAAUAUGGAGUGAAUGGUAAUUACUUUUUCAUUUUCACAAUGAUCUUGUCUACGUCAGUAAUAGCGUUGCUUUUAAUAAUCUUUUAAAAGGUUUUUUGCGGUCUUUUUAUUAAGAAAAAUUAUUUGAGGUAUCUCGUUCCAAAUUUUGACCCCAACACGCUAGAAAGCAUUUCGUUUGACAUUGAGUCGAGAUUCUUUAGUAUGAAAAUGUUCAGAGGUUGAGGCACAAAAAAAGGCAUCGCGUGGUCGCGGUUUGUUUCAGCAAAAUAUAUUAAACGCAAUGCGCGUUUUUGAAGAACUUGAAGAAUUUGGUCAAGGAAAUUUUUACAGGCCGUUGCCGCAAGAGAUGAGACCGUAAGUUUAAAUAGAAAAGGUGCAAUUAACCUGAUAUCAGGCCCCGGGGGGGGGGGCAGGCUCUAUUUUCGUUUCGCUUUGUAAAUAUCAUUCCGGCGGGGAACGAAAAGAUUUUAGCGGGAGCACAUAAGAGAGAAUGUAUGAGGACUGCUAAAAUUGGGCCUGAUGUCAGGUUGAGGUGCGAUUAGUGACUGAUAAAUAUUUAGGAGGUUGCAAGUGGGAACAAUAAUAUGUCUUAACCUCGCAAUUUAAGUCCUGCCCAAUUGUUUUACUUACUUUAUUUGCAACAGAGUGAAUAUGAGUCUCCCAUGAUAGUUUUUCAUCAAUUAACAAGAUAUGUAAUGAAGUUUUUACGCUCAAGAAUAACUCCUUUUAAAACCUUCUCUAGCUUCACUUUAAGCUCCGCCACUUCAUGCGUAAGUUCUUUGUUGCUUUUCUGAAUUUUUGUUCACUAUUUGUCAUGAUUUUAGAGAGAGUUACCCCUCGCAACUCGCAACUCAACGUUCAACGUCGUCCGUAGAGUACCGGGGUUUAUACUAAGGGUGCGUUUCUUUACUAAAAUCCAAAUCUGGAUUUUAAAUCCGAUCGUUUCUUUACUAAAAUCCAAAAACGGAUUAUUGAUCCAAAUGAUCCUUAGGGGAGAUGGAUUCUUUGGAUCACAUUCAAAACCGGAUACUUUGGACACACGAUCUUCUUUACCACGGAUCAGAAAAGAGUGAACGUUGCCAGCGGUAACUUGAAACAAUUUUUAUAAAUACAUCACAGGCGCCCCAAGCUGGAACGUAAUUUACUUUCUCACAAGAGAGUCGGUGUCGCAUUACAGGCAGCCGUCGGCAACCGUUGAGACGUUGUACGAGAAGUAAAAUAGAGUUCUAAAGUGAUGACGUCAUAAAAAUUAAAUUUGUGAAAUUAUGGGAUUUGUCAAGAUAUUCUGAAAGAACAACGUCUAAGACGCCUACUUGCCAAAAAGUAGCAUUUGGGAGCAAAUUGCCUCUGAGAUAUUAUAACCCAAUUAUGCUCUGAUGACUCCAUACAAAUCCUUCUAAUUUUGAAUUGGGUCUAAACGUUUAGACCCAAGUAAAGGACAGACUGUAAGACUGUUUUUAACCAUUCUUUAACUUUCUGCUUUGAGUACUUAAUAUCAUUUAUAGGGACAUGUUUUUGCUUGAGCUCGGGCGUUGUCUCAACCUUUGCAUUGUAGAGUAGUCGGUUCGCUUCCUGCAGUUCUUCAUGGUCAUCACACAAAGCUUGAAAUUCUCCAUGGUUGUCGAUCAAUUGAUCCGAAGGUCGAUUUAGUUGAGUACAUGCACGCUAAAUUAACUUACGGUCUUUCCGUUCCGUUUGAUACUCCUUUAUGAUUUUCAUCUUCCGCGUCAAAUUUGCUCGCAUUAAUUUCCUUCUGUUCUUGAUUGUCUGAGCUUGUUUUGGCCGGGAACUUCGGUGUAAUCACUCAAAUACCUCGGCAGGUGCCCUCCACGUGUCACGAUUGUACUUUGCUUGUCUACAACUGACACUUCAACAUGCGAUUUCGCCGAUAUUUUCGCCAUGCUUCGAUUCUACGUCUCUACAAUCCAAGGCCGAUCCUCCUGUAUCCGGCCUCCUGUAUCCGGCUCGAAGGAUCAUCGUUUAUGGCUAUUCUCAGGCGCGAGAAAUUCUAUUCGAACCCUGGUUCAAACUGGCCUGUGCCAGGCUCGCGCGAUCGAUUCGAGCGAAGAGUGAAAUAGCGAACGAGUAAAAAUGCCCCCUCGCGGUAUUCGCGCAAGUAUUCUUGAUCCGCUUUCCUUACACUGAGCAAGACACUACAGCCGUUUUUCUGAUGGUAUAACGAAGUUACCAUGACGACAGCAUAGGCGCGUAUAUUUGUGUUUUUGUUUUCAAAAAGAAAUUUCUGGGGACGAAAUACAACAGCUCGCCGAAAAGUUAGUAAACAAAAAUGCAAUCAAAACUACUAAGACUUGGAUCAAUGUUUGGAAGAUGUGGGCGACAACCAAGGGUCUUAACGACGACAUUUAAAAUACAAUGCCAAAGAACUGAACGAGCAUCUCUCGCGAUUCGCAAAAGUGACGGCUCUGAGUAUCAGCCAGAUAUUCUAAAGGUCAUAUAUGCUGGCUGCUUUCGACAGGCACCUGAGAUAAAAUGAAAGUAAAAUCACCAUAGCAAAGGACAGAGAAUUUAUGGUGUGCAGACAAGUCCUGGAGGGAAAAGCAAGAGCUCUUCGCGAGAAAGGCCACGGAAAACGACCAAAUGCAACAAAAGCACUUACCGUCCAAGAUGAAGAGCAGCUAUGGAAGAACCAAGUACUAGGCGACCACAAUCCAAAAUCACUCCUUUAUACCUUAUGGUAUAUAUCUGCUAACCCUUCAUUUUGGCGUUCGUUGUUGCCAGGAGUACCAUGAAAUGUUCAUCUUGAACAAGUACGAUCAAGGUACAGAGUACAUAACAUUUGAGAAAAACCCAACUAAGACCCGGCAAGGCGGCCUAAGGAAGAAACGCACAGCUAUUGAGCCAAGUCCCCGGGUGGUCCCCGUUGUCCAGUCUCGUUCUUUAAAAUAUUUCUAGCCUGUUCCAGGCUCCGAGAUAGUGGUGAAAAGUCGUUCAGUAAAAAGAAAUGCGAAAAACGCGCGGGCUCGUUUUAAUAUGUCCGCACUAUACUAUCUGAGAGCCUGGCACAGGCUAAAACAUUUCUUGCCCGCAGACCUGAAGAAAUGCGAAGAAAUGGCCCUUUUUAUCUCGCCAUUAUUGAAAAGUAGAAACCCUAAAUCCGAAGUCUGGUACAAGAAACAGAGAAUGGGUGUCAAUAAGAUCGACUCCUUCAUGAAAAAUAUGGCCUUGGCAGAGUUGAAUGUAUAGAGGGAAGAAAGUUAACCAACCAUUCGGUAAGGAAAACGCUGGUGAAGAGGUGAAGGCUUCCUAUCAGCCAAGAAGUGCUAUGAUCGGUGUAACAGGCCCCACAUGUGAAUGCUCACUGGCAGACUAUGAAGAAGGUGACGAAACAGAGCAGCGAGAGAUCACAUCUAUCAUCAGCUCUCCUUUCUUCCAACCGGUCGAGAAUCCCCGUCCAGUUCUCUCCAGUUUACCCUUUCAGCAGAACUAUCCUGCCUCUCAAACAAUGACAGUCCACUUCUUUCAUGGCUGCCAAGUGACAAUCAAUUACGGAGCUGGCGUUGGUGUUUUGUACCAAUUAAAUAAGAAUUCAAAAAGUGGAAGAAGUUAUGACUAGUGUCUGUACGUUACCUUAAUUUGUAGUUUCGUGCUUCAGCAAGUACUGCAAAAAUAUUUAAAAAGACUUUCGUUGAACUUUUCCGCGUUGUUUGCUCGAUUUUUUAUGCCGUGUACAAGAAGCUGUCAAUCAUGUACGCUUUGACGUAAAAGAUGUUAGCUAUACAAAUACUUCUAAUUAGCACAGACAAACCCUUAUAAUACAUUUGUUUGGUGUGUAGUUGAAAAAAUAAGGUGUGUUGAGGCUGAAACCUCUCAUAGUGAAGUUCACCUGCUGAUACCCGCCACAAAUAUUGACCUAUAUUUUACUUACACUGUAGGACAAAUCAGCAUUCUUGUGCGGAUCCGAACAACCACUGUGAAAUGAUUUUCCAGUACUUGUGUGGCGACAAUGUGAGAAAUGGAAUCACUACACAGUAUGUAUAUGUACAGUAUGAUAUGAGCUUCUUGUGAUCCAAAUGUAAAUACAGGAUUAACACAAAUCUGACGCAAUAUAUUUUUGUCUUUACUUUUUAGAACCAUCCCAGAUAACCCAGCAUUGUGUAAAAAUUAUGACUGCAAUAGCGAUGACAGGUAAAUUACAUUAAUUGCAAAAAGUCUGCCUUUGUAAACUUUAAAUUUUAGUUUUAAAGAGGACUCCUUUCAAUAUUUCUGAAACUCUUUUAUAUAUUUGACCCCCAUUUAGACUGUGAACGAGCUUGAUUAUCACGUGACUCUGAUGGCUAAUACAUUUCAGAUUGAAUGUCAAAACGAGUCCCACGAUUUCACGACCUGUUUUACGCUCUCACGAGUUAAUAACUGAUUUCUCACGCUUUCUUUUAAAAAUUACUGUGCAAAAACUGUUUUGGUGCAUUCGUAAGGUUCGUUUCCAAGUUAGACAGCUAACUGAACUCAAUCUAAAGAAAACGCCUCGCGUUUAUGUUUGCGUUCGCGUCAAGAUGGAGGGCAACAAAAGUGCGCACGUCAGCAGCGACGAGGAUUGAUCGUGAUGAUACUGCUCCGCUGCUUCAAAAUGAUACGUGAAUUCUUGCACCUAUAGUUCUUGAUUAAAGGUCUCCCGCUAGGAAAUUUGGGCCAUCUCACGUCUUUUAACCCCUUCACCUUACUUUCCCAGCUCUAGGUUCAGAAUCUCAAGAUCGUUGCCUCUUGGGGGUUGGCAAGACUGGCGUGACUGAAUAGAGCAAAAUUCUUUCUUUAAUCUUGUUAUGUAGGUUUGGAAUGCAUGAGGAUUAUGAUUAUUACACAAACUGUAAAUACAGGAACAGAAACAAAGGGCUUUUUACUGCAGACCAGGUGUGGCCUGUUUUUGUUGUUGUUGAUGCACAAUGCAUGCUUCAGUGAUAGUAAUCAUUGGCUGAGUUUUAACUUUAAAUAAGAACGUCACAUCAAGUACACACAGAAAGAGUUUUCUUGUCCAUGUCAAUUAAAAAUAGUUUUGAAUUUCUUUCUAAUGGCCAGGAAAAUUUUCCACGGUGAAAAAGUUUGGGUUCAAUUAUUAAGACAGGUUACAAAAUAUGAAAGAUAAACUCAGAUAUGUCCUCCUGUUAAUUGGUAGACACAUUAGCUCCAAUAUUUUCCGUUUGAAUUAUACUAGGUGCAGACGUAAAUAACCUUAGACCUUUUUACCUUUUGUUCAAUAUUCUUAGAAAUUAAAACGUGAUUCAGCCACUUCCACAAGACAAAACCCAGGCGGGACGCGGCGCGGUUACGAAUGUCCAGAGGAGCGGGAUAAUUACCCUUACUGGCACCCCACCCCCUGGAAGGUAAGAAGUACACGUAGUUACCCACCCCUCCGUUCUACGGAUGUAGGCAUCGAUUCAAAUUUCAUUGUAAAACUUAGCAUUCCUCUUUCGAUGUUUGUUCUCAUAUACCGUUCCUAGGAUGUUUUUCAGUCAGAGCGUUUGUUUCAAGUAGGUUCCUCGAGGUAGGAUUAUUCGAGUAAGCUAGUAUUGAAUUCAAUCUUAUGUUGUUGUAUUUUAGGACAUUGCAGUUUUAACAAAUGAUGUCUCAAGAUGUGAGAUGUACCAAUCAGAAAGCGAGAAUGUGAAAGGACGGUGGGCCUGCAAGUUACCCGAAGAAUACUUAAAAAAAAUGAAAUGGAGAAAUUAUAAAAUACCAAACAACGAAAAGGACUGCAAGGUACAACAAAAUUAACAACGACAACAGCGUUAAAGACAAAAAAAACUCUUGUAAAUUGUGUGAAGAGUCUCAGUCAACUCCUAAGCUCGUACAAACUUUAGCACCGUAUUUCAUAAACACAAAAGACAACAGUAUGCGAAACGCCUUCUUAAUACAACGCGAAUGAAUCCGAGUGUUUCUUAUGUUGUAACCCAAGGUAUAGCCUUACGGACGUUUUCGUUUAUUGUUGAGAAUUUUUGCAUUUAACAAUACUUUGCAUUUAUUUAUUAACAGUAAUUGACAGUUGACUGAAGAGGUCUGUAUACAGCUUCAGUUUCAGUUUUAGUUUCAGCCGUUUUAUGUCCGUGGUUUGACGUAGGCCUUCCCCAUUAACCACCGCUGGUCCACGUUUUGCGCGACACGGUGCUAGCGUUUUAUGAAACUAUCCAAGUCGUCCCUCCAUCUGUCCUUGGUCUUCCUCGGUUCCUUUUUUUCCGCCGGGGGCUUCCAGAACGUAAUGUGGGUCGUCCAGCGGUUUUCUGUCGUUCUCGCCACAUGACCAUCCCAAUUCCGUUUGAGUUUGCUUAUCUUUUCCAUGAUAUCUCAUACUUUUUUCUCGGCUCUAAACUUACGUCCAGGAUUCUGGACAUAUCUCUGGAUCUAUUGAACUGUUUAACAAACUCUCCACCUGAUGUAAAGCAUGAUUCUUUCGUGGGCUCUCUGCAUAGUUCUGAGUUCAAGGUUUGUUAUUCGUAAGAUUCAGCUCUACUGUAUAGGUGACUGUUGGGAAGAUGCUCAGCUUGUCAUCCGAAGGAGAUACGAUGUUUGAUUUCUUGUUCCUUUGAGGCGGAAUCCAUGGAAACGCAAUGACCGAGGUCGAGGUAAUGAUUGACUUCUUUGUUGCUGUCAGUGAAAGUGGGUACGUCUUAGUCCUCAGUGAACUCGUCUUACACACCCUUGGUCUUCAUAGGUUCAUGCUGUGCCCGACUUUAAGGCUAGCUUGGUUGAGUUCGUGUAGCAUUUCUUGGAGUUCUUAAAUACUGUUGACAAAAAAUAAUGAUGUUGACGGCGAAGACUAUUUCCCUUUCGUAAACGGUCUUUGCCCAUUUUUAACUGUCGAUGCCACCGUUAGUAACCAAGCCUUAAAAGUCAUGAUAGAUUUAAUAUAUUCCCUAGACAAUAAGAAAAAACAAGACGCUGUGGGAGCAUACAUUUGGGCGUCUAUGUACUACGCGUGUGUGAAGAUUUUUAUGUGUAUUAGGGAUGUGUGAGUUGUGUAGUAGUGUUGUAUAUUUUAGGGGUUGGUUGAGAUGCGGGAAGUGGAAGGCGUGAAGUUAUAUUGAACGUGAAUUGGUAAGAUAAUGGCUAUAGUUUGUUAAUCAGUGAAAUUUGUUUCUCAUAGAAUUUACUAUGAAGUAACAAGGGGGGUGAAAGUGAUUUUAGGUGUUGCAGUGAGGUAGUUGUGGAAGCGCUAGUUUGGUUAUGAAGGGAUAGUGUAGUUACAGUGUGUUGAAAUGAGGUGUUGCUUGUGUAAAACAAACUUGUACUUAUUUCAAAGGUUCUCACGCUUUCUGUUUAGGAAAAAAACGUUCAUUUCAUUUAGAGAAGGGGUAUGAAGAUGUUGAAGGGGGGCUGAAAUUCUGUGUGUGUGCUCGAGGGCUUUGAAAAAUGGGUGAGGUCAAGGGAAGGUGGUAAAAUCUGAUAGAACUAUAGGCCUGAUUACAUGAGCCGUGCUGGCUCGCUUUGCAAGAAAACCCGGCACCUUAGUCAAAUGCAACAAAAGUCAACUUUGCGAUUAUAUGACAACCGAGCCAGCCCGGAUGGAAAUUUCCAAGCGAUCGCGCUUGCCGGGCGGCCCGGCGAAUGAACCAAGCGAGAAACAGGACAGCGGGUAACACACUGUUCAUGCGCAUUGCUUCCCCAGCUCAUGUGAUUAGGCCCUUACUGUGAGUUGUAUUGUCACGCAGUUAGCACGUGAAAACUUUGGAAAUUGCCGUUUUGUGGUUUUUGUAUGAUAGAAUACAACUUAAUCUAAUCAACCCAAAGGUUUUAAACAUAGACGCGGUUUGCACGUGAAGAUGUUGGACUCUGCCCCUUUUACGGUUCGACCGUGAAAGAAUGCAACUUGUUUACGAGGUCAUUUUGCUCUAUAAGAUUUUAAGAAAUCACCUCCUUUACGAAAGCAUACAAUGAAAUUAUGCAUCAUUCAAUAUUACCCUUGAUUAUCUCAUGCACAAGAUCAUGAAAUUUUGCGUAACAUAUUCUUUGGCGCUCGGUAACUGAAAGUAAAGAGCUAUUGUCAAACUCUUGGCAAUAAGCCAAACCAUUCACACCGUGUGCUGCGAGGACGAUUAUUUUCCAAAGAGAAAAUUUGAAUUAUUUAAUAGUUUGUACCUUGUUUUUCCAAAAAGUUUGUUUUCUUUUGCCGAUUUGUUGCCGUGCGUUAUCUGUGGGUCGCAUGUAACGAAGAUAAAUGUUGUGUUGUGACACAGCGCGCAACAGACUUUCGCGUCGCUUGGCUUGUUACUUGGCUUGUUUACGUUCGCACGUAUUGCGUGCCUAUCGCAACUUUGAAUCAAAACAAGCGAACUCGGUUACUCUGUUUGGCCGACGCCCAAAUAAUAAUACGUUUUUGAAUAGUCUUCGAAAGAACGACGUUAAAGCCCAAGUUGAAUUUGCGUAAAAAGUUUUGGAAAGGGCUAGGGUCACCUGUUAGUCGUAUAUCAGUUAAAAAAAACAUUUUGUUAGUUUAUGUUAGUUUGGAAUUUCGGCGAAUCGGUGGUGUAGUCAGUGGAGAGAUAAGAAUACGAAAGCCGUCCGGUUUCGAGGUCCGGGCUCGACGCUGUGUUGCGAUUUCCUUUCUUUUUCAUCGAAACACUCUCAAUAACAGGUCAAAAUUUUUUUCAGUGUCUUAAAAAUGACGGCGACCGUUUCUGAAAGGGAAAACUGCGACGGCGAACCAUAACCGAUGACCGAGGUAAUCACCAUCUAUUUUGAUUCCCUUCUUUUUUCAUUGUUGUUUGCGAAAGACCUUUUCCAAGCAGGCAAUGAACAGUUUGGGAGAACUGGUAUCGUAUCACCUUGUCGUAAUCCCUUUUGCAGUCUGAAUAGUUUGGAGUCUUAGUGGAGUCUGAUGUAGGAUUUGGUGUACUUGUAGGUGUGUUGUAGAACGGUGAUUUAGACGAGUGCGAUUCCUUACUCCUUAAGCGCAUCGAAGACGUCCGGAAUGAUCUCGACCGAGUCGAAGGUCCUGUUGUUGUGAACCAGACCCACGGCUAGAGGAAAUUUGUAUCCUUUUCUUUUUUCGAUUAGUUUGUUUACAACGUGGAAAUGCAAUGGUCUGUUGCGGGAAAUCCCUUGUGGAACCCGGCUUGUUCUCUUUUUUGGCGCAGGUCAUUUGGUUCAUGAUGACUUUGAAAAGUUUGUAGAUGUUGUUUAAAAGGCCUUGGACGGAAGUUGGAAAUGUUCUUAGGGUCUCCUUUCUUGUACAGCAGAAUAAUGAUCGGUUCAUUCCACUUUUAAUGAACCUUGCUUUCCCUUAGGCAUUCGUUAAAGAGGACCACUAACCUUUUUGUAGAUGGUUUCAAUUGUGAUAUUGUUAGGUCCAGGAGCCUUUCCUUUUUUUGAAUGCUUGACCGCAAGAGGUUCUAGUUUUGCACCUCCGGAUCGGGAGGUUCAAGGUCAGGGCUAUGCGAUGAGUAGAGUCUUUCAUAGAAUUUUUGUGCUCGGUGAGCAGUUCGUUCCUGUCUGUUGUCAACGAACUGUCCUCCACAAGAACGGCUGUAGAUUGAAGCUUUCCGGUGCAGAGUUUUUUUUUUCGUCUGUGUGCAGGUUCGCAUACAAUAACACCCGCGAAUAAGAACCUUUUUUUGUGUCUGGCAAAAUAGUUUCCUGUAUUUUGGGGUACUUAUUGGAAAUUCAGGCUAAGUAGGUUAUUAUUUUCUAUGAAGGAGAUAUUUGAUUUUGUACUUAAAUUUAUGUAAAAUCAAAGUUACACUCCGUGGUUAAAUUAUUUAUCAUAAUUUACCUGUGACCCACAUAUAAGAACCUGCUUGAUUUUGCUUGGCUGAACAGGUUCUUGUAUUUUUGGCUAUCAAAGUGGCAAAUUUCUGCAAAGAGGUUCUUAACGCACUAGGUUGUCAUGCGCGGGUGUUUACUUUGAUAGACUUGACAAUAUUAUUUUAGAAAAAAUACAAAAAAUAAGAAACAACUCAAAGGAAUAGUAUAUUGAGACAGCCACCCGCUUUCUUAUUUUUAGAUAUCUGGACAGAAAAUUUCUACUUUUUGUACUUGACCAAACAGUGACACAAACUGAGAGGCUGCAAGUAUAAGAUAACGGCCAGACACGUAUAAGAUUCUUCAAUUGUUUAUUUGAUUUGCAGUCAAUAAAUGCCACCUGGAAGGAAUUUCCAUCACAUGGACUCCCUGCUCCCGAGUGCAGGGAAACAGACUGGUCACGUGACAAUCACCUUGGCAACGGCAAGGGAGGAUACGCGAACAAGUACAACUGGACCGUGCCUGAUUUGGAUCAUGAAAACUGCGUCUUACGAAUCAGGUAAACUAUACAGUUCUGCUUUUUACUGGCAGACUUAUUAUUCUGACAUAUUUACUUUUAUUUCUCUGCUAUGCGAGAUCAGAACCACAUGGAAACAGAUUACCAUUAAUCAAACGACACAACGAGCGCCGCCGCUAAUUGCCGUUUGAACCAAUCUAUCAAGUACCAGUGAUGUUGAGUUUGAGGGUCAGAAGUACGUAAUCGAUACUUAAAAAAAUCUGUUUUAUUAAAUUGCAUGUCAGAAUGUGAGUCUAGGAAUGUGUUAAUGUUGAGUCACAUGCCACAUGUGUCCGGGUUGAAUAAUUAACAAUUAUUGGACGAGGUUGAGCAAAAUAUCGUGAUUUGUCUGUGGCGAGCAGAUCAAAAUUUGCUUCGAAUGAUGAUGUAAGUAAUUAUUUAUGAGGCCCUGGUUAUUAGUUAAAAUGUGAACCCCUUUUUGGAUAGCAUGCUGAUCAUUGAACCAUUUCUUUAGAUACAACAUUUCCACUGGUGACUAUGAUGGUUGGGACUCAUCCAUUAACAGCUCUAUGAAUGGAUUAAAGCAAACUAAGCUUGAUAUUGGAAAAAAUUACAACAUGAACGAAACUGUGGCUGUCCAGAGAGGUUAUGUGUACAAACAAAAUCCUGAGGUUGUGCUGUUUCCGGGCUUUGAUCUCAAGCUAAGACUGGCUGUAAACACCAACCAAUACGGCAGGGUUUUCCAGGACAGGUAACUUCAGCGAAUUGGUGAAAACUGAAUGUAUGCUUUUCGUGUAAAGAUCGUAGUAUAUAAUUCAUGAUAAUUCAUUCGGGACACGUAACCCACGUACCUUACUAUAGACCUGUUGGAUAUUGUGUAUUUUGGCAUUCUUCGGCCGAUUAGUGGUCGACAAUAUCGGCUCUUUUCGAGACCGGUCUCGAAAAAACGAGUAAACAAUCUUGUAUUUGUUCCCUAGGGCUGUUUUAAGUUCUGUGCCUUUAUUUUCGGAUGCUUUACAAAAUUUGUACCAGUAAACGAUCAGAUUUCGUUUGCCACUGGUACUUGUUUCUACCCUAGCCUUUCCGUCUCGUUUUGCGUAACGAAACCAUUCGUUACCAUCCAUGUCGAACAAAAGAAAAGACCCGCAAAAGUUUUAUGUUUUGCAUCUUCUAGGUCCCAUACUUUGGCCGUGCGCAAGAGACCUUCAGAUCUUCAAAACGUGAGGAUCCACAACUUAAAUGUUCGUGGAAAGCGUGGAAAUAUAGUUCAAGUUUACCCCGGUGUGGAGUAUGACUUUGUACCCAAUACCUUGCUUGUCAAGGAUGGUGAUUACGUGCACUUCCAGUAAGUCUUCUAUUUGGUUUCUUUCACUGGUGGCAAAGACAGCUUUUCCCUGAGGGACACAUUGGGGGCCCAUUAAAAAACCGCAAACACCCCCUGCCCUUUCCCGUAAUAAUAAAAAAAGAAUAGACGAGAACAGAAUUCUGAUUUUGGAAAGAACAACUAGACUCAUUGUUACUUAUUUAAAACUUUGAAAAGAGACGAUUUAACCAACAAUCGCCAAAGACACUUUUUAAUCGAAAAACCGCGACUUUCAAGAACGAUGAAAUGAUGUUAAAAAACCGCUUUUAAAGGCAAAGUAUCUCUUCUUAGUAAGGCAAAUACUAGAGGCGGCUUUCUCGAUGCUUUAUUCUACGAAAUUUAAAAAAUAAAGCCAUCAACCAACUGUAACUGCUUCUUACUAUGCUCCAAGGAAACUGCUCUUCUUUGAAUUUAGUAAGCAAGAAAUUAUUGUUAAUUCUUUUCUUCAUUUUGGAUUUUUUAUUCCUGAGUAGUAGCUAUCUGCUCUGUUGGCCCAUCUCUUUGAAAUCUUGGUUAUUACAUUUUUUUUUUACACCCAUUAUUUAGGUGGACUGGUUCAAACACGAAUCCCAACAAUAAUGAUGGACAAGGGAAAGCGGGGACGGAUCGCUCAAAUAUGCUGCUACUUAACAGCGAUGAAUGGGGAAGAAAUUAUCCAACGCUACUGGACAAAACCAACUUUUUGGGAUUGGACAGAAACAGUCUGCAUAAUCUGGCGCUACUGGACAAAAGUAAGUUGUCCAUUACUAUACAUAUUUAACGUAUUUCACACAGUUACGCUCAUUGUGCACGCUGACGACCGAGAAACAAAUAGGGGAAAGGGGUACAAACUCGCAGUCUAAAACAGUUCUAAACCCGUUAUUGGUCAUAUUUGGUGUUAUGACAAUGAGCAAGUUUUCGCACCUGUUUUGAAAUGAUAUGCUCUCUCAUGGACCAUCUUAUGUGGACUUUUAUGACUGCUAAAACUUGAUUCCAAUUUUUUGUUUCUUAUCAGGUCAGUUUGGCGGUGAAAUGUCAGAACUGGAUGAUGCCGGAACAUACUUUGACCUUGGACCAAAGAAAGUUACAGGGACUGGAACCUACUUCUAUAUGAGCACUAGGAAUAAUAACUUCUCUAAUCGCAGUCAAAAGGGACGCAUAAUUGUAACAGAUAUCGAGAUGAUCGUCAAGAUGAUCGGUAGACUUGGUGGCAGUUUGAAAUUUGCUGAGUAAGCUUCAACAAAACUAAUUAUGUGAAAGUAGCAUUAAAUUGUUAGUUAUUACUCGUCCGGUUGAAGUAGUCAAGUCAAUGAAGUGACUAGUUUGUUUCACGUGACCGUCCACGUAAAGGAAGUCCAGAGGAAAGUUGUUGUUAGCGAUCAAUGGUAGAACCACGUCACGUUGCGAGUUCAGUUUCUUACAUAUGAUAAAUAUCGCUAAAUUUAUUUUGACUGAAACAGUUACUGUAAGCUGCCGAUAAAAUCUUAUGAAAGUGAACAUGAUCUUUGCAAUAGAAUGAACAACCUAAGCAGUCGAUAAAGAACCUUAAAAAUUCGACCGGGAAGCCUGAACGUUUUAGGUUCUUUUUCAACCGCUUAGGUUGUUCAUUCUACUGCGAAGAUCAUGCUCACUUUCAUGUAUUUAUCCGCAGAACAAAAUAUGAUACAUUUCAUAUGUUUCAAAUGCAUAAAAUCAUGGUUGUAUUUUUCAUUUUCAGUGGGCAGCACGUGACCUUCAGCCCCGAAACCCUGCCACGCUUGCAGCAAAUCACCGUUCAGCUUAUGUCCGCAGACCAAGGUGAUAAGAUGAUUAAAGAGAAAGGUGGUCGGAUGGGCGUAGGCCAUGGUUACGCCAGCGAUUUCUUGACAGUGAACCCACACUCUCUGAGGACAGAAAAAAAGUUCAAAAUCGGGAUGAAAGUGGACUCCAGCGCCGCCUCUAAAAUCCAGUUUUACCACUCGUCAGACGAGAUGGACUUGAAAACCUGGUUUAAAGUGAGUGAUGUGGAUAUAUCUGACGGGUUUGCCGUUCUGGAAACAAGUGAAGGUAAUACACGGACAUUGUUUAAAAUGCGGUAUUACAUUGUUAGAUAAUUGACAGUUGAAAUUGUUAAAUAAAAUCUGAAACUGCCAUAAAACAGCACAACUCAAACUGCUAAGACUUAAAAAGUGAAUCUUGUUCAAAAACUGCAUUUUAUUUUGAGGCUCAGACGUAAGGGCUUUUUGUCUGGCCAGCAUUGUUAUAGAAAUAGAAUUUAUGACUCCAGAAAUUUGCAGAUGCGUGUAGUGGUUUCCACUGGUGAAAUAAAAACGCUACAAGAAACAUUGAUCAGUGUGAUAAACAAACCUCGAAGUGUAGCAGAAUGAAAUGCUGCCAAAUUUUAAAAUUCUUAUUUCAUCUUUUUUUGCAGGCGGUGUUUAUGUCGCACGAACACUGCCCGACGAAGCCGCUAUUGCUGGAAUAGUGAUCGCUUGCAUUAUUAUCGUCAUCGCAAUUGGUGGAUCAGCGUUUUACUUUAGGCGUCAUCCGGACAAAUGGAAAAGUGUGAAGAGUUCUUGUAUGAAAGCCUGUAGAUCAUGCAAGAGUAAUGUCUAAUGUUAUUGAUUUGUAAUCGCAUUACGCGCGCUCAGUCGCGCGGGAUUCGCUUAACUCGCUCUUUGUAGGUUAGAUCUGAUUGUAAGUCGACAG